AUGAGGGCCACUUCGAAUAAAGAUGCCGCACUGGAAGCAGCUAGACACAUGGGCCGCCUCAGCAAGCGAUUAAUCUUUUCAUACGUCCUCGACUGGAUAGUGAUUAUUGCGUUUGCUGGUGCUGGUGGGGCCCUCAGUGUCGUGAGUCCUCGACAUCGCCCAUUCUCGCUUCUCAAUCAGGAAAUCGCAUUCCCCUAUGUUCAUGAGACGGUGCCGAUUUGGAUGCUGGGUGUGGUGUGUUUGUUGGUUCCCGCAGGACUUAUCGGUCUAAUUACACUCAUUUUCGUCCCCGGAUCGCAUGCACGACGUACGGGAAACAGAGCGCAGACUAUUCGAUUGAAGCUAUGGGAGUUUGAGAAGGGACUGGCUGGAUUGUGCCUCUCGCUGGCUGUCUCUUUCUUCGUCACUCAAGGAGCAAAGAACAUGUUUGGAAAACCGAGGCCUAACAUGCUCGCACAUUGUCUUCCAGACCUCAAUGCCGUGUCUGAACACAUUGUCGGACAAUACGCCGGCCAAGACAUUAGUGCUAGCUGGGUUUUGGUCGACCAUGACAUCUGCACGCAAACCGACCGCAGCUUCCUAGACGACGGCUUUCGAUCGUUUCCCAGCGGACACUCUUCCUGGUCAUGGGCGGGUCUACUCUACCUCACACUCUUUCUCUGCUCCAAAUUCGCAAUCGCCAUUCCACAUCUCCCGGUCGUACCUGCCAGCAGCCCGCGGACCCGCCAGCCAGAGACCGACCACGAACUUCUACCACUCCAUGCAAACAGAGCGAGAGGCGAAUCCAUGGAAACCAAGCGCGAGUUCGAUGAUGCUGCCGAAGCUGUAACAGCCGCGGAUCCUCUGUCCGUGCGAAAUGCUGCUGCAGCUCCACCAAACUACCUCAUCAUUCCAGCACUCGCGCCUGUAGCGACCGCUGUGUGGAUUUGUUCUACACGAUACGCCGAGUUCUACCWUUUCGGCUUCGACAUCAUCUCUGGCAGUGUGAUUGGCAUUGUCUCGGCCUAUCUUUCAUUCAGAUGGUACCAUCUUCCGAUCUCGCGAGGACAGGGCUGGGCAUGGGGUGCUCGAAGCAAGAGCAGGGCCUUUGCGAUUGGUGUGGGUACUGGAGGUUAUGUUGGUGAUGAGGGUUGGCAUAAUGAGAAGCCUGUCUUGAGUAACGACACGACAACUAGGGCGUGGAAUCCGGAGCGAGCAGCAUGA